CGAGUCCGCAGUCCUCCAAGUGCCGCCAAGCGCUUCACUUCGAUCUACCACGGCGCAAAGAUUAUUUCUUUCCAUUAGUUCAUACUCUCCAAUUUUGAACGUACGUCAUAAUUUUGAAAUUUGCAACUCGUGUUUUUGGAGAGCGCGGGGAAUACGAAUAACAAUUAUUGCAUAAUAGGAGAUAAAUAUUAAUUGGUAAAGGUCUGGUAUGAAGAUGGACAUACUGUCGAAGUUUCAAAACGACGGCUACGUCGUGCUGGAAGAUUAUCUUUCGCCUAGCGAGGUGGAAGAGCUCAGAGCCGCCGGCGAAGAAUUCACGACAAACUUGCCACCGGAAAACGAAAGAAAAGUAUUCAAUACCGUCGAAUUGCCGCAAAACAAAGAUCAAUACUUCCUUGACAGCGCCCACAAGAUAAGCCUCUUCUUCGAGGCUGGAGCUCUGGAGGAUGACGGAAAACUCAAAGUUCAUCCCAGAGUAUCGCUGAACAAGGUGGGACACGCUCUUCACUGGCUGCAUCCAACGUUUAAGAAAAUUUCGUUCGACGACAGAGCAAAGGAAACCGCUUUUCAGCUGAAUUUUCAGGAACCAGCGAUAUGUCAGUCGAUGUUUAUAUACAAAAAUCCCGGUAUUGGUUCUGAAGUAACCGCGCACCAGGACGCAACGUACCUCUAUACGCAACCUCCCCGACUCCUAGGCUUUUGGAUAGCACUGGAGGACGCUACGCUAGAGAACGGCUGUCUGUGGAUAGCGCCUGGGUCUCACAACGGCGGAGUGCAUCGACGCUACAUGCGCAACAAGGAUCCAAAGGCCAGCGAGCUUCUGGUAUACGACAGCGCUGCGCCUUGCUACCCCCAGAGCAACUUCCGAGCCAUACCAGUCAAGAAAGGCACCUGUGUGCUGCUCCACGGACAGGUCGUCCACUACUCGAAUGCCAACAAGAGCCAAAAAUCCCGGCACGCCUACACCUACCACGUUGUCGAAACCAAACACGUACAGUAUUCCAAGGACAACUGGCUUCAACCCCCUAAUCCUGAAGGGUUUCCUUUACUAUACAGAAAUUAGACAAUUAUGUUUGUUCAAUGGAUUUUCACUUGUCGUAAGGAAUUCACUUGAUUAUGAACGUCUUAAGCGUCAAUGAUCAAGAGUAUCGAAAAAAAAAACAGAUACGUUUAUAUAUUUAUACCUACAAUGCAAACCCUUGUCUCUCUUAAACUUGUUUUAAUGUUAUAGAACUAUGCGUUAUAUCGUUUAAGACAAUUAAUAUGUACAGUCAGAGUUUGAGUAUACGGUUGGAUACAAAUUUUAAUGCCGUUUGAUUAGACUUGUUUUACAUUUGUACUUACGUUUCAAAUAAAUAUAUUAUACCUCUUUCUA